AUGCAAAAAGCAUAUCCAACUAUGACCUAUAACGACUUACAGUGUCAAAUUGGCGGAUGUCGAAAGGAGUAUAAAUGUCAGUCAGCGAGACGAAACCAUGUUUUGCGUAUCCAUUUUCAAAAUGAACUUAGUUGCCCUAUCAAAUUAUGUUCUUUCCGUUCGAACGAUUUCCCUCGCAUUAACUCACAUCUGAAGGAGGAUCAUGACCUUAAAAAUGGUUACCUAUCAAUAGAAAGUGCAGCAGUUCGAGACCAAUUCAAUGCUGAUAGGGCGAAACACAACCAUCGCCUGACAACUUUGGUCCAACUAGCUUUUCCAUGUCAUAUUCCAGAUGUAUGCAAGACCACCUACAAAGCAACGGAUGUAUCUGCUUCUGGAGAAACUGUACAAAGCCUUAUCACUCGAAUUCGAGAAAAGGAUAGGAAAUUUCAGGUGCUUGAUGUCACAGCUCCUCCAAAUCCAUUACGAUUACGUUCUCCUAGUACUAGCUCAGAUUCUGAUUCGUCUGAAAGUGAGAAGAUGUGUAAAACUUCUACUCGAGAAAGUCCGUCAACAACCGAAGCGGUGAGCAAAUUGAAGGGCAAAACUUCAACGCCACUGAAAGUCAAGUCAGCCGAGCCCAAAUCUUCUCCUGAAGCUUUGAUAUCGGUAUCGAGCGCUAGCACUAGCAGCAGUUCCGAGAGCGAUGAUGAAAAUGUGGCAGCCAAAGAGACUCAGCUUACCUCAUCUGCAUCCACCUCGUCCGGAAGCUUUAAUGGUUGUGAAAAAGAUGGAACUGACAAGCAUGACAAAAAUUCUGACACAUCUAAGAGUAUGGAAAAUCCCAAAGAAAAUGAAGAACCUGGUAGCGAU